AUGAUAGGUGCUCAGACAAGUGAAACACGGAUUAUUGGAAUUUAUGGGAUGGGUGGCAUCGGAAAGACAACUAUUGCCAAAAUCAUCUACAAUCGACUUUCAAGCAAUUUCAAGGAUUGUUGCUUUCUAUCCAACAUCCGUGAAACGUCAGAACACAAGGGCAUUGAAUGCUUGCAGAAUCAACUCAUCUCUGGCAUCCUUAAAUUGAAACGGAUGGAUAUAAACAAUGUAGAUGAAGGGAUCGAGACAAUAAAAAACAAGUUGUCUACUAAAAGAGUCCUCCUCCUUCUCGAUGAUGUGGAAGGACAGGAUCAUAUGAAUGCACUUAUAGGAAACCAUGAUUGGUUUGGUAAAGGGAGCAAAAUUAUCAUUACUACAAGAAAGAAAGAUAUUCUCAGUGUUUCUAAAGUGGAUUGCAGUGAUGAGCUUAAAUGCAUGGAUCCCAAUCAAUCUCUUAAACUUUUUAGCAAACAUGCCUUUAGAAGAGAUUCCCCUUUAGAUGAGUAUAUCGACCAAUCCAAGAGGGCGAUAGGCAUUGCUGGGGGUCUUCCGCUAGCCCUUGAAGUCAUGGGUUCAUUUUUAUCCCGCAAAGAUAAGAAAAUGUGGGAUGCCACAUUGAAGAUGCUAGAAAGUGUUCCUCAUCAUGACGUUCAAAAAAAGCUGAAAAUAAGCUAUGAUGCAUUAGAUGAUCGGCAGAAGCAUAUAUUCCUCGAUAUAGCUUGUUUUUUCAUUGGAUAUAACAAAGAUAUUGUGGUUCAUUUCUGGGAUGAAAAUAAAUUUCCAGAAGAAGCCAUGGAAGUUCUACAGAACAUGUCUUUGAUAAAGAUUGAAGAGGAUGAUAGAGUGGGGAAUGAUUUGUUACCUUUUAUCAAAAGAAAUAGAGUGUGGAUGCAUGACCAACUCAGAGACCUCGGAAGAGAAAUAGUUCGUCAAGAAAGUAAAAUGAAAAUAGAGAAGCAAAGUAGGGUGUGGGAUCCCAAAGAAGCGUUGGAUUUGCUAAGGAGACCUAAGGUAAAAUCCCCCAUGCAAUAA